GGGUAUGACCCGAGCCGGCCCGAGUCCUUCUUUCAGCAGAACUUCCAGAGGCUCAGCCGCCUGGGUCAUGGCUCAUAUGGAGAAGUCUUCAAGCCUUCCUCUCUAGGACUGAACAACCACUCUCCAUCCCAAGAUCAAGUACCUUCAAGAGCUACCUCAUGCACACUGGCCUCUUGUCCAGGCCUAGCACAGCCCACAGCAGUUCUCUGCUUUCUGCCUGGAGAUGGCUGUGCUGGCGCGUCCAUGGCUGGGUCUGUCUGACCUGGAGCUAAUCCCACACCAUAUUCCCUAGGCUAGCAGGUUCAAAAGCUGUUCCUCUCCUUGGCUCAUCAUCAUCUUCUUUUCUAUUUUUUUAAAGAUUCACACACACACACACACAUACAGAGAGAGAGGGAGAGGGGGAGGGGGAGAGAGAGAAAAAAGACAGAGAGAGAGAGAAAGAAACUGUCUUCAGAAACACCAGAAGAGGGCAUUGGAUCCUAAUACCAAUUGAAUGGUGGGAAUUGAACUCAUGACCUCUGUAAGAACAGUCAGUGCUCUUAACCACUGAACCAUCUCUCCAGCCCAUCAUUUUCUUUAAUAUGGUUUUAAUUUUCCAAUUACAUUUCUCCUAAAAUAGUAGCUUUCCUUUAUGCAAGCAUUAUUGAAAAGCAAUUUUAUUUAAAAUGCAAGCGGCACAGACCCUUUUCCUCUGUAGAGGAAAGCCUGGACACAGCAGAGACACUGUCCGUGGUUUGGGGGACUACCAUUUCCUCUUAGCACUGGACCCUGGUCAUAGCACAUAGGUCUACCCCACCUCCUCUGUUGCUGGGUCUCUGAUGCACCGUUGUGCAGUGGACAUGCAUGUGUCCAGUUAGUUAUCAUUGCACGCAGAGGUCUAAGGCUGACAUGGAUUCCCCUACGUUGUGAAAUCAGGACAGCAUUCUUUGAUUGCCCCAUCCCCUGCCCCCACAUCCUGCUUCUGGGCAACACCUCCCUUCCAGGUGCGCUCUAAGGAAGAUGGGCGACUCUAUGCUGUUAAGCGCUACAUGUCGCCAUUCCGCGGCCCCAAAGACCGAACUCGUAAACUGGCUGAGGUAGGUGGCCAUGAGAAAGUGGGGCAGCAUCCACACUGCGUGAGACUGGAGCGGGCCUGGGAGGAGGGUGGCAUCCUAUACCUGCAGACAGAACUCUGCGGGCCCAGCCUGCAGCAACACUGUGAAGCCUGGGGGGCCAGCCUGCCAGAGGCCCAGGUCUGGGGCUACUUGCGGGACAUUCUUCUGGCUCUGGACCAUCUACAUAGUCAAGGCCUAGUUCACCUUGAUGUCAAGCCUGCCAACAUCUUCUUGGGCCCCCGGGGCCGCUGCAAGCUGGGCGACUUUGGACUACUGGUGGAGCUGGGUUCAGCCGGUGCUGGCGAGGCCCAGGAGGGAGAUCCUCGCUACAUGGCCCCAGAACUGCUGCAGGGCUCUUAUGGGACAGCAGCAGAUGUGUUCAGUCUGGGUCUCACCAUCUUGGAAGUGGCCUGUAACAUGGAACUGCCCCAUGGUGGGGAGGGCUGGCAGCAGCUGCGCCAGGGAUACUUGCCCCCUGAGUUCACUGCUGGUCUGUCUUCUGAGCUGCGUUCUGUCCUCGCCAUGAUGCUGGAGCCUGACCCCCAGCUUCGAGCCACAGCUGAGGCCCUGUUGGCCUUACCCAUGCUGAGGCAGCCACGUCCCUGGAAUGUUCUGUGGUAUAUGGCUGCGGAAGCCCUAAGUCGAGGCUGGGCCCUGUGGCAGGCCCUGGUCACUCUGCUCUGCUGGCUCUGGCACGGGCUGGUGCAUCCUGCCAGUUGGCUGCAGCCUCCAGGCCCACCGGCCACACCACCUGGCUCUCCACCUUGCAGCCCCCUCCUGGACAGCACCCUCUCCAGCAGCUGGGAUAAUGACAGCAUAGGUCCCUCACUCUCCCCAGAGACCGUCCUGUCCCGGAUCACUAGAAGAACCUCUACCCCUCGGGGCAGGUACAUACCUAGGGAUGCCCUGGACCUAACUGAUGUGGACUCAGAGCCUCCAAGAGGUCCCUGCCCCACCUUUGAGCCAAGGAACCUCCUCAGCCUGUUUGAGGACUCCCUAGACCCAGCCUGAGCACAGGCCCAGCCAGCCUUGGUGCUUUUAAACCUCUGACCGUCUUGCCCACCUCUCCCCUGAAACUUCCGUGUCUAAUAAAAAGUAAUGCGUCUUGGGAACACCCAAGGUUGCUCAUGUGGCAGCAUA